AUGUUCGUCCGGAAGGAACUGAUGUUCGGCUUGUGUGCUUUCCCUAGACAGACUUCUCCGACCAGCACCCAGCCUAAGUCAAGACGUUGGGCGAAGGGUGCAUUGACGAAGAAUCAUUUUCUAAAGUGUUUUACACUCUUACACUUACGCAGUGAGCUGGUUCUGAGCUGUUCAGCUCAUGGUAACCCCAGUCUUCAGUACUCCUGGAGCUCACCUGGAAACAAGAACCUCACAACCUCCUCCAUUUUCAUCAACAGCGUCCAGUCAGAGGAUCAGGGUCAGUACAUCUGCACUGCCUACAAUGAUGAAGGCUCUGAUUCAGUGACUGUGGUGGUUCACGUUGCAGUGGACUACAAGCUGAUCAUUGCUGUCUGUGCUGUGGUUGGCGUGGUUGGCUUGCUGAUUCUUUCCUGGUGGUACUGUUACCGACGCACCCACAGUGCCACUGUAUCCAGAAGAACCUGACAUCAUAUACACACAAUGCCAACGUGGUCCACAGAGACGAUGCUAAUGAUGCUAAUCUACUCUUGAACAGAAUCUCAUAUCAACAUGGAGUUUUUACUCAUGGUUUUAUUUUAACUUCACAAUUUUAACAACAAUGCAAAAUAUUCAGAAUCUUGUAGAAUCCAUGCACAGUAAUAUUCAUGAGGCAGUGGAGGCCAAAGGAGGCACAUCAGAAUCAGGAUGAGGAUCAGAAUACUGUAUUGAUCCCAGAGGGAAACUGCAGUUGUUACAGUUGCAACCAUUUAUGUAAAAGAAUAAACACUUUAAUCGUUUAAAACAAAAAAGAGAAAUUUGCAGUAUGUACACAAGAUUUAAAUACAGUGAAGUGACUGUAAUCAUAAAUAUGAAACAUGCUGUGUAAAGUAGUUCAAAUUAUUGUACCUCUGAGUUGUUGCACACACAGUUAUUAU